AUGCGCUGUGCCAACAGAUUAGCCCUCGUGGUCCCGAGGACAAGGAGGCUCGAGGAGGAAUACAGGCUCUCCGUUUGCAGCAAGCUCUGCUAUGCAAUAGGAGGUGCCCCGAAUCAAAUGGCAGGGAGUGCUGCUGCUUUCUUCUUGCAGAUCUACUUGCUAGAUAUAGCCCAUAUCACUCCGUUUCAUGCCUCUCUGGUGCUGUUCAUUGGCAAAGCCUCAGGUGCAGUUACUGAUCUUGUCGCUGGCUUUUUUAUUAGCAAAAGUAGGUGGACAAAAAUUGGCCGUCUCAUGCCUUGGAUGCUGGCGUGUACACCCUUCACAGUAGCCUCCUAUUUCUUCCUGUGGUACCUGCCUCCUUUUGUAGCAGGAAGGGUUGCCUGGUACCUCACUUUCUAUUGCCUUUUCCAAGCACUCACCACAUUAUUCCAAGUCCUGUAUUCUGCUCUCACCAUGUUUCUCAGCACAGACCAGAAGGAGAGAGAUUCUGCAACCGCAUACAGAAUGACCAUGGAGGUGCUCGGGACCUUGUUUGGAGCUGCACUCCAGGGCCAGAUCAUGGCCAGCGCCCACGUCUUUCAUCACUGCACCACGAACGUCUCUGCAAACACGACCAGCCACGGCAUCUCCCUGCAUGAGCCCAGCUUUCCUGAGCCCCUGGACCCCUUGUCUCAUCCAGCAAAGGUUUAUAUGAUUGCAGCAGGGGUUAUAGGAGGUGUUUAUCUCCUUGGAAUUGUGAUUGUUUUCCUUGGAGUAAAGGAAAAAGAUGAUCCUUACGCCUUAACUUCAGACAGAGCAAUCCCUUUUUGGAAGGGCCUUCGCCUCACCAUGAAGCACGGUCCCUACGUGAAACUCACAGCUUCCUUCCUCUUCUUCUCCACGGCGGUUCAGCUGGAGCAGAGCAACUUUGUCCUGUUCUGCACACACGCAACUGAUCUCCGCAAUCACUGCCAGUAUUUAGUGUUUACCAUCUUGGCAUCAGCAGCUGUGAGCAUUCCUUUCUGGCAGAAGAUUCUGCAGCGAUUUGGCAAGAAAUGUGCAGCAUGUGGGAUUUCGUGGAUGAUUCCUUUUGCAGUCAUGCUAGUGACCAUUCCAAACCUGAUCCUGGCGUAUUUUGUUGCCUUUGUCUCAGGCCUCAGCAUUGCAGCAUCCCUGUUGUCGUCAUGGUCAAUGCUGCCUGAUGUUGUUGAUCACUUUCGCCUGCAGAAUCCUCAUGGAAAAGGACAUGAAACCAUUUUCUAUUCUUCUUAUGUUUUCUUUACCAAGAUGUCAACGGGAAUUGGCCUAGGAAUUUCUGCAGCGGGCCUGGAGUUUACUGGAUACAAGCCAGGUAUAUGUAAACAGUCCGAUGAUGUGGUCCUCACUCUGAAAAUCCUCAUUGGAGCAGUCCCUGCUGUCCUCAUCAUUGUAGGUUUAUUUAUACUUCUCUUCUACCCAAUCACAGAAGAAAGUCGGAAAGAAACAAAGCUGGCACUUGAGGUGUUGAGAAGAAAUCAUAAAAGCACAGAAAGCCUUGAUGAACACAGAGAGGAUACCUCGGUGUGA